CCUCUUCUGCAGUCCAACACGUGUACACAGCUGCCUCUGCAUGGAGUGACUCUGCUGUUCAUCUUCUAGCACUAAAUGUCAAACCCCCUCCUUUCCUCCGCCAUAUCUAUGAUUUAAUUAUUCUUUCUUCUUCUUCUUCUUCUUCAAUUCUUAUCUCGAAACAACUCCAAACCCAAACCCUGUUUCUCUCUGUCUGUGUCUCUCUCAGCUUGAAGAAUUUGCAGAUUAAGAAUGGAUUUGAUAAACUCAGUGAUGAAUUUGGUGGUACCACCAGCAAGCUGGGUGAUGUUAGCAGUUGCAUGGCCAGCCUUGACUUUCAUCAACGCUUGUGAGUGGGCUUACAACACCUUCUUCCCUGAAGAUAUGGAAGAUAAAGUCGUUAUCAUCACUGGUGCUGCUUCUGCCAUUGGCGAGCAAAUUGCAUAUGAAUAUGCGAAGAAGAGAACCAAUCUUGUAUUGGUAGCUCGGAGAGAGCAUAGGCUGAGAGGGAUCGGAGAGAAUGCAAGACAGAUGGGUGCGAAGCAUGUCAUGAUAAUGGCUGCGGAUGUUGUCAAGGAAGAUGAAUGUAGGAGAUUUGUCAACGAGACCAUCAACUUCUACGGCCGUCUGGAUCAUCUGGUAAAUACAGCAAGUUUAGGACAUAUGUUCUACUUCGAGGAAGCUCCAGACUCAUCUGUGUUUCCCAUUUUGAUGGACAUAAACUUUUGGGGAAAUGUUUAUCCUACGUAUGUUGCUCUGCCUUACCUACAACAAUACCAUGGCCGAAUUGUAGUUAAUGCUUCAGUGGAGAACUGGCUACCCUUGCCAAGAAUGAGCUUGUUUUCUGCAGCGAAGGCAGCUCUAAUAAAUUUUUACGAGACACUGAGGUUUGAACUUAGAGAUGAUGUUGGAAUAACAGUUGCAACCCAUGGUUGGAUUGCGACUGAAAUUAAUAGAGGCAAAUUUAUGGUGGAGGAGGGUGCAGAUAUGCAGUGGAAGGAAGAAAGAGAAGUAAAUGCAUCUGGUGGUUCUGUGGAGAAGUUUGCGAGGUUGAUAGUAUCAGGUGCCUGCAGAGGAGAUGCUUACGUGAAUUUCCCAAAUUGGUAUGACAUAUUCCUUCUUUACAGGGUAUUUGCGCCCAAUGUUCUGAGUUGGACAUUUCGAUUGCUUUUGGCGAAUCAUCAUGAUGCAAGGAGAACUUCCCUCAUAGGGACAGGAAGGCCUCUUCUGGAUGGUCCUCCUCCUCGGCUGCUUCUCACUGGUCCAUUUACCUUAUCUCAACAACCCCCUUCUCCUCAGCAACAGUAGAAAAUGGGAUAGAAAAGUGUUUACUACUACUACAAAGCAUCACUUGAAUUUUCUACUCGUGCAUGUUUGUUUGUUUUUUUUUUGGUAAUGGCCUUUUAUCAAAUUUUAGUGGAAAAUAAAGUAGACUAAACUAAAUUGUAUUCUCCUUUAAAUGGAUAAUAAGGGUGCACUUGGUCACUUUGAA